AUGGUUAAAGUCAAUGAUUACGAUCCAAAAGUUUCUCCAUUAGAAGCUCCAUAUUUGAAGGUUUUCACUGCAGCAACUGGUAAUGGUUUAAAAGUUACCAUUUUGUUAGAAUUGUUGAAAUUGGAUUACACUUUAAGAAUUAUUGACUGGAAUGGUGCCAAAGAGCAAAAAGAAGAAUGGUUUUUAAAAAUUAAUCCAAAUGGUAAAAUUCCAACCAUUGUUGAAGCUGAUGCUGAAGGUAAAACUUUUGCUUUAGCUGAAUCAGGUGCCUUGUUAUUAUGGAUUGCUAAUAAAUAUGAUAUUGAUCAUAAAUUCUCAUAUGAUCCAAGUACACCAGAACACUGGGAAGAGGUUGAAUUGUUGUUUUUCCAUGUUAGUGGUUUAACACCAGCUCAAGGUAAUUUAGGUUGGUUCAAAGCAAAUGCACCAAAUGAUAAGGUCAAUAUUGAUAGAUUCACUGAGGAGACUAUUAGAUCUUACAAGUUGUUAGAUGAUAAGUUGGCAUCAAAUAAAUCUGGCUAUUUAGUUGGUGAUCAUAUCUCUUUGGCUGAUUUGAUUUCAUUUUCUUAUGCAAAGAACUUACCAAGUACAGGUAUUGAUGCUAACCAAUUCACUCACGUUCAGAAAUGGAUUGAAAAAAUUGGAGCAAUCCCAGAAGUUCAGAAAGCUUUGUCAUUGAAAUGA